UCUGCUUCAAGACUCUAGUGCUUGCGUUCCAUGCUACAAACGGAUCCGGUAAUCUUGAAUCAUCUUUAACCAAUUUUUUCCAAACAUUCUAUAAUUUUGAAGGAACUGAUGAUGAUUGAAUACCAAAUUUAGAUUUUAUUUUAAAAGCUUUAAGACUUGAAAACACCGAGCUGAAUGACUCGCAUGCAAAAUUUUAAAGUAGUCAAGACUCGGUUUGCAGACCACUUGGACCUUUCACAGUGGAUUUGAGACUCAAUGAACCUUGACUUUGAUUUGUCCCAAUGACUUAAACAUGGCUCAAUAAAUUAAAUCAAAGAAAAAAACGGAUGUUUCAGUGGUUUCGUCUGUAUUUUUUAUAACCUUUAUUCAGUUCCUGAUCUAUUGGGCAGACCAGUUUUUCCUCUGUUUUGUCUCAGUUCCAUCUGUGGAGUGUUUCAACAAAUGAGCAACUGGUUUUCCCUCAACCCUUUGAGCCUUUUGAGUACCAUCAUCUUCACGUUCAGUAGAUUCCCUUUUUUGUUUUUGUACUACCGUAAGGAAAUUCCUCUCUGCAUUUAAAACAUCCUCUUCUAGGAACCUUUCUGGGAUUAGGAGAAGCCCGGGGAUGAUGGGGGUUGGUUGCUUUGCUCAGAGUUACUCCAGCUGUUGAUCUGACCUUCCACUUACAUGGCAAGUUCUCCUUUCACUUGUCCAUGGGCUGCCCAUUUAAAUCUAACUGAUUGACAGCAUUACUGACAGUGUAAUUAUGGGAUGCAGAGCGAGAGAGGCUGCUGAGCUCUGUUGAUGCAUUUAUGUUAAUAAACCAUUGACUGACAGUUGACGUCUGAAGAAGUGAUAACAGACAAGUCAUGCUCCGCUACACUGCAAUGACGUCUUUGUGUGGACCUUUGCUCCUGCUCCUCAUGUUAAAAAUCCCCGAGGCACAACAGGAAGAUGAGACAUCUGACACGGACCGAGGUUGGAGACAGAACCUGGUCAGAGUGAUUCCUGGCAGUUUUACAGACAAACACUUUGAACUCCUCUGAACCAUGACGACAUUCGACGACAUCCUGGAAGAAGCCGGCAAGUUCGGCCGGUGUCAGAAGCGCCUCUUUGCCCUGCUUUGUCUGUCGUCCAUUCCUUUCUCAGGUGUGUACGUCGGCAUCGUCUUCCAGGGCUUCACGCCGAACCACUGGUGCCGGGACUCGGCGGUGGUGGAGCGGAGGGAAGCGUGCGGCUGGAGUCUGGCCAACACUCGCAGGCUCACGGUGCCUCUGGUGAACGGCUCUGUCAGGGAUCAGCACAGCAGCUGCAAGCAAUAUGACGUGGACUGGAACAGCACGGCGCUGACAUGUGACACUCUGGAGCUGGACCUGAGCAGAACCCCCAGAACCACCUGCAAGGAAGGCUGGGAGUAUGACUAUGAGGGACGACAGUCCUUUGUUACGGAGUUUGACCUGGUGUGUUCAAAUGAAUGGUUGGUCGACAUGUACCAGGCCACUCUUAACGUGGGAUUCUUGAUCGGGAGCAUCACUAUUGGUUACCUGGCCGACAGGUUUGGCAGAAAGAUGAGUUUCCUCAUGUCGAGCCUGUUGAACGCGAUCACAGGGAUCAUGGUGGCCGUCGCUCCCAACUACGUGUGUUUACUGGUUUUCAGAAUGCUUUACGGGUUCGGCGUGAAAUCGGGCUGGAUGGCCGGAUACGUGAUGUUGACAGAGGUCGUGGGAGUGGAGUACAGACGUACAGUGGGAGUCCUUUACCAGAUGUUCUUCAGCGUCGGCAUCCUCCUCCUCCCUCUGCUCGCUUACUUCAUCACAGACUGGCGCUGGAUACAGGUCGCCAUCACUGCCCCCUACAUCGUCUUCCUGUUCUACUACUGGUUCAUCCCUGAAUCUCCCAGAUGGCUCCUGUCUCAAAACAAAAAGUCCCAAGCAGUGAAGAUCACAGAGGACAUGGCCAAAGAAAACAAGAGGACUCUGUCCAAAAACAUCGAGAAUCUGAGAGACGACAACGCUGCCUCCACCACGGCCUCCUUCAUGGACCUGAUCAGAACUCCAAACAUGAGAAAGCACACGUUAAUCCUCAGCUUCAACUGGUUCACCAGCGCUGUGGUUUACCAGGGUUUGAUCAUGAGACUGGGCAUUCUGGAAGGAAACAUUUACAUCGACUUCCUCAUCUCUGGUCUGGUGGAGUUUCCUGCCGCCUUCCUCAUCCUCUUCACCAUCGAACGUAUCGGCCGGCGACUUCCCUUCGCCUCUGCCAACAUCAUCGCCGGCGCCUCCUGCUUCAUCACCGCCUUCCUUCCCGACAGUUUGCUCUGGUUAAAGACGGUGGCGGCGUGUAUCGGGCGUCUGGGAAUCACCAUGACCUUUGAGAUGGUGAUCUUCGUCAACACUGAGCUCUAUCCGACGUUUGUCAGGAACCUGGGCGUGUCUGUUUGUUCCACUCUGUGUGACGUUGGAGGAAUCGUGGCUCCGUUCCUGCUCUACAGACUCGCUGCCAUCUGGCUGGAGCUGCCGCUCAUCAUCUUCGGUUCUCUGGCAUUCCUGGCCGGAGGUUUGGUUCUGCUGCUUCCUGAAACCAGAGGCGUUCCGCUGCCCGAAACCAUCGACGACAUCGAGUUCCCCAACAAAGUGAAGGAGGCGGUCGCACUGAAGAACCAGCAGUUGACCAACUUGUUGCCAAACAACAAGAACGUGUCGACCAACAAAGACCUGACAUCUGUGUGAACCUCAGUCUGUGAACAAAGUAUUUAUUUAUUUUGUUGAAUCCGCUCUUUGUGAGUGAGUGA